AUGUUAAAACCGAACCCCAACCCUCCAGCUGAGCAGAGAAACAUUCAGAUCUGGUUCCUCAGUGUCCUGGUGCUCGCCGGCACCUUCAGGGCUAAGGACACCCUGUCGGAGGCCCAGACCCAGGGAGGAGGGGUGCUGGGAGUGAGUGACGAGGAGCUGGGGUCCUGGCCCUGCAGCCGCUGUCACAGCACAGCCCCACCCCAGACCUCCAGAGUCAUGGGACUCUGGUGGCACAAGCUCCAGAAGCUUGGCCGAUGCCAGGUGUGGGACCGAGGCCCGAUCUCCGAGGCCUUGGCUUGCUGUUCUGGAAGGGCUCCCAUGGCCCAGAGUGUGGAGCGGCGCGGCCUGACCAGCCAGGACACCUUGGGGCGUUUAGGAGGACCUCAGGAGGAGGAGGAGGAGGAGGAGGAGGAGGAGGCUGGGCGCCACCUGCUGGCCCAUCAGGGAAUUGACAGGGCAGGGGACUGGAGUCUGGGGUCCAUGUGCUGGCCCCAGAUGAGAGCCCGAAUCCCACCUACCCUACCCCACCCACCCUGCACUGUUCAGCUCAGUUCUCCCACCUGUGCAUCAGAAGGACAUGAGGGCAGCAAACAGCCCCUGCAGCUGUCCACAAGCAUCAUGGCCAAGGCUGCGCCUGGGAAGUGCACUCUCUGUGGUGCCAGCUCCCUCCUCAGUGCCCUUGACCUUUGUCUGGGUCCCUGCUUGAUGUGGCCCAACUGGCUGUGCCAGAGCUCCACAGCCAGGCAGGCUGCAGCGUGGGAAAGCCUGAGCAGCUGUCCCCCAACCCCAGCGGUCCCUCCCAUCCCACCCACCCUCUGCAGGCUUGUGGAGGAGUUCAUGCUCUUGGCCAACAUGGCAGUGGCCCUCAAGAUCCACCGCGCCUUCCCCGAGCAGGCCCUGCUGCGCCGGCCCCCACCCCAGACAAGGAUGCUCAAUGACCUGGUGGAAUUCUGCGACCAGAUGGGGCUGCCCGUGGACUUCAGCUCCGCAGGAGCCCUCAAUAAAAGCCUGACCCAAACAUUUGGAGAUGACAAGUACUCACUGGCCCGGAAGGAGGUGCUCACCAACAUGUGCUCCCGGCCCAUGCAGAUGGCACUAUACUUCUGCUCGGGGCUGCUGCGGGACCCAGCAUAGUUCUGGCACUAUGCGCUCAUCAUGCCCCUGUACACACACUUCACCCACAGGCUGCUUUCUGCUGCCCUGGGAGCUGGGUGCUGGGGCUAUAGGGAGCAACUAGACAUGGCACCCGAUACCCUGCAGAAGCAGGCGGACCACUGCAACGACCGCCGCAUGGCGUCCAAGCGCGUGCAGGAGCUCAGCACCGGUCUCUUCUUUGCCGUUCUGGUCAAGGUGAGCCCUCCAGCCUGGUGCCCCUCACCUCCCUCUGGCUCCCGACCCUCCUGGGCACCUACUCACCAGGAGGCCUCAAGAAGCCCAGGGCAGUGCCAGGAGGUGCCAUGGCUGCAGCACUGUCCUUGCAGAAGAGUGGCCCCCUGGAGUCAGAAGCCAUGGUGAUGGGUGUCCUGAACCAAGCCUUCGACGUGCUGGUGCUGCGCUAUGGCAUGCAGAAGCG